AAUCAGUUUGCACAAUGCCCGAUACAACAACUGAAGUGGGUUGGAAUUGGAAGGACUGAGAAGCCAACCUCGAAAUGGCGGCAGCGGCAUCAUCACCGUCGUCAUCACCAGUACGGUGGUGGAGGACGGCGUUUCUAACAGUGAGGGACGAAACCCUAACAACUCCUCUACGCACUCCAAUCCCCGAACGCCUCCAUCAUUCCAUCUUCUCCCAUUCCCAUACUCUCCUCUCCCCCGCGCCCGACCUCCCUCCUCAGGAAGUCACCUCCGAUUUGCUCUUCGUCAUGGAGCUCGUCACCGCGAAGCCUCACGGCGGAGAAGACCUUACUCCGACCUUCACUCACAUAACUCACUUGAUCCAUGACAUCUCCCAUCGCAUUUCUCUCGUAAUGAAUUCAGCUUCGUGGACUCUCCUCAUCGACUUCUUCAACAAAAUGCUGCGCUAUUUCAUCGGCUCUUCGUCGUUCACGCCGGUUAUGGAAGCUCUACAGACUCUAGGGCGUGUUAUGAGCACGUAUCAGAGGAAAUGCUCGAUGGCGGAGGAGGUUCUGCUGGUGAAGUUCCUGCUGCGAAUCAUUGAGAGCUCUCACGCAGAGUUGAGCAGCUUUUUGAACUUGAUUCUCAACCAAAGCUCGGUUCUUGAAGUUGGGAAGAGAAUGCCAGUGCCUCGAUAUGGAAGCUUAUGGGAAAUUCAGACACUUGCAUUUACUAUGGUUGGAGAGGCAAUCUCCCGAGUUGGCUCAUCCUUUCCAUUGGACAUCUGGAGAUCAACGAUUGAGGUUUUUAGGAAGGUGAUGGAUGGCUUGGUAGCUAAAAGCCAGCUUAUGGAAGACGCUUUUAUGUCCAGGUUUAAUUUAUCUCUUCUGCAUUGUCUGCAUUUGACUCUCGCAGAUUGUAAGUGUUACCUAUCUGACCAUGCAUCAAGUUUUGUGGCUGCUCUACAAAUGUUCUUUUCCUAUGGCAUUAAUAGUAGACCUCAGCAUACCUGUUCAGUAAUUGGUCAAAAAGAAAAGGAACCUAGUUUAGCAAGCCUUAAGCUGGGUUUGGAAGAUUCUAAAGAGACCAAUAGUACUCCAUAUAGGCCUCCACACCUGCGCCAAAGGGACAAUUCAAAUAUGAAGCAGAGUGAAGCUUGGGGUUCGCAAAGUUUAUCAGAUCAUGAAUCUUCCGCGAAUGAGUUUGCAUUGUCAGAUUCAGAUUACAGUGACAGUGAUGGAUCAAUUAAAGACAAUGACAACAUUCAGAAAUCAAAAGUCCGAGUAGCUGCCAUUGUUUGUAUACAGAUAUUCAAGAAUGCCUGGAGAGUUGUUACAGUUUUUACAUCUCUACAAGAAAGGAUGAAAAAUGGCUUUACAUUCAAAAGUGAUCACACUGGUCUGCUGAUUUUGUUGAGGCUACAAAGAAGUCAGGUGUUCUCUCGCUAUUUCGAUUUUCAGAAAAAGUUAGCAACCCAACGAUAUGCAUUGAGGCUCUUCAGGCGCUUAGGGCUGUGUCCCACAAUUACCCAAGCAUAAUGUUCUCCUGUUGGGAACAAAUUUCCAUCAUUGUUUAUGGCGUUUUGAGGGCAGCUAUUCAUGAAGUUCCUACAGGAUCUUGGAAGGGAAAUACUGGAAAUUUUGUCGGAUUUAUUGGGGAAAAAGUCAUUACAGCUACU